AUGGCUAAUAUGGAGAAAUUCGUGGAAGCGCAGAAGAAUUUAGCCGAAAGUAUGGUGAAAAUAAAAAAUAAGUUGAGUGAAGAACGGCUGACCAGAGCAGGGUUCGAUCAAUUGGAGAGAAAUUAUCAUGAUUCAGUCAAGAAAUUGAAGAGUAAUCAUGAAGUGAUGAUGACAAUAGAGCCCAAGAGCGAUGAUUACUUCGUAAAGGAUUUUUACGGAUUAAUGAUGAAUGGGCUGGUGAAGGAGGUUGAGGAGAUAAUAAGGAGUCGGGAGGUAACGGUUCAGGAGAAAAGCAACAAUGGCAGUGGCGCAGAAGGAAGUAAUCUGGGACUGCAGUUGGAGAGGAAAGAAGAGUUUGGGAGCAGGGAGGAAGCAGCAGUUGGAAAAGCGGCAAUGCUACAGGAGAAGCCGUCAAUAAGGAAAUAUUUUUUCCAAAAAAUCGAAAGAAUAGAGAAGAGAUUGGAAAGUGGUGAUGUCGAUGAGAGAGAUAUCGAAGAUAGUUUGCGGCAGUUGAAUGGAUUUUAUGACAAGUUGCUGGCAACGAAUGAAAUAGACGAGGAAGUCUUUGAACAAUACGAGGAGAUGACGGAAAGACUUAGUAUUCGACGGAAAGUCGUUGGAGAGCAAAAAAUGGAGAAAGCAGAGGGAAAAGAAAUCCGCAGCAACAUCAGGUUAAGCGAAGUGAGGAUACCCGAGUUCAGCGGCAAAAUUGAGGACUGGGAGUCAUUCCAUGACUUAUUUAAAAAUUUGGUGCAUAAUUCGCCUCAUUUUUCCGAAGUAGAGAAAUUAUACAGGCUGAAGGCAGCCAUUAAAGGAGACGCAGCUCAACUAAUUCAGCAUUUAAAAAUAACCGACUCCAAUUAUGAAGCUGCCUUUGAAUUAUUGAAGAAAAGGUACGAGAAUAGGAGAUUGAUGUUCACGAAUUUGUGUGAUAAGAUUCUGGACCAACCAGUAAUGAAUAGCGAUUCAGCGGCAAGUAUAAGACGCAUGCUUGACACUACCAAAAACUGUGUAAUGGCGUUGAGGGGCAUGAAUGUGUCUACAAAGGAUGCUGAACCAUUUAUUGCCAGAAUAAUUGUGAGAAAGUUUGAUAAGGAUGGGUUGCGGCUAUAUGAGCAACAAGUAAGGAAGCCGAGAGAAAUUCAAACUUUGGAUGAUGUCUUAGAAUUUUUGCAACAACAAUACCUUGCGUUGGAAGCGGCGGGAGAGCAGGAAGUGAACGUGAAGAGAAUUUAUGGAAACAAAAAUAAUAUGUCAACCAAAUUUUGCUACUUUUGUGAGAAAAGUGGGCACGGGGUGAUAGAAUGCAGGAAGAUGUUGGCAAUGACACCAGCAGAGAGAAAGCCUGCGGUAGCUGCGAAAAAAAUUUGUUUCGUUUGUCUUUUACACAGGACAGACAGAAAAUGCAAUAGUGUUGUGCGCUGCAACAAAUGUGGAGGUAAUCACCAUCAUUAUCUUCACAAUGGUGACCAAAGAAGCGUUAAUCAGCAAGUUAAUCCCACAUCAUCUAUGGUAAUUGAGAGAAAACAACAACAAGUUUUAUUGGCAACAGCAUUGGUAAAAGUACGGGCAGCGACGGGAGAAUUUGAGUUGCUACGGGCAAUGAUAGAUCAAGGGUCACAGAUAACAUCAAUUUCGGAAGAAGCUUCGCAGAUUUUGGGAUUGCCAAGGAUAAAAGAAAAAACGGAAAUACACGGCUUGGGUGGUACUUUGGUUGGUGUGUCGAAGUACAAAGUGGACUUAGUUAUAAAGCCAAGAUUUCUUAGCAAACAUGUAUUCAAUUCACAGGCGAUGGUACUACCUACGAUAAUGAGCCAGCAGCCAGGUAAAUCCUUCGACAUAGAUAUGAAGCAAUGGCGAAACUGUAUGUUGGCUGAUCCAUUCUUCAAUAAAUCCGAUCGUAUUGAUCUAAUAAUCGGUGGAGACAUUUACGCCGACAUAAUGGAAAAAGGGCAGAAGAGAGUAAGCGGUCCGUUCUCACAACAAACGAAACUUGGUUGGAUAGUAUCUGGAGCUCUAUCCAAUGGAAUAAGCAAAGUGGAAAAAGUGCAGGUGGCUGCGACGAACCUUGAACGUUUUUGGGAAGUAGAGGAAGUGGAAGCAGAAGAUCAGUGUACAAAUGAUGACCAGUGGUGCAUGCAGAAUUUUGAAAAAUCGACCGUUAUUCGAGAUGAUGGUCGAUUGAUGGUGUCAUUACCUUUUAAGGCUGAUAUGGAACUAGGCGAAUCCAAACCGCAAGCAAUGGCCAGGUUUUUGAAUGGUGAAAAGAAGUUGGAGAAAUAUCCAUCACUAAAAGCUGAAUAUAUAACCUUCAUGCGAGAGUAUCGGGAACUGGGUCAUAUGGUGCAAGUACCGAUGGAGAUGAAAGGAAAAUAUUACUUACCGCAUCAAGCCGAACAACGAAAGUGCGAGUGGUGUUUGAUGCAUCAGCGAAAACAUCGAAUCAAAGAAGUUUGA